AUUAGCAUUCUCUUGCUCACAUUAGACAUUGAGCGCCGGGGUAAGAGGCCACACACAAAAUCUGAGACCAAAACACGAGAAUACAAAUCGCAAGUUUACUUGUUGAGACUAUUCCGUGUGAAGUCAUUGAAAGCCAACCCCGGCGCCAAUUCAAAUCAAUAAUUUUCAUCAUUCCAUCACUACUGGACGAAGUUCUGCAAUCUCUACAAGCCAUGGCUAUGGAGUUGUUGUGUUGCGAACCCGGAGUGCGAGUUCGAUAUGCUUACAAAGACCCAGUUAUUUUAAAGGACGAUCGUGUGUUAAAAAACCUACUAGCGUGUGAAGAAAAGUAUUUACCUAGCUGUAAUUAUUUUAAAAUUGUGCAAACUGAAGUAGAACCAAAUAUGAGGCGAAUGGUAGCUACGUGGAUGUUGGAAGUAUGUGAAGAACAACAAUGCGAAGAGGAAGUUUUUCCUUUAUCUAUGAACUAUUUAGACAGAUUAUUAUCCAUGCUACCCAUUAGAAAAUGCGAACUUCAAUUACUUGGUGCUGUAUGUAUGUUUAUCGCGAGCAAGCUGAAGGAAACAACGCCACUAACAGCCGAAAAGCUUUGCAUAUACACAGAUAAUUCUAUAACAUGUGAAGAGCUAUUAGAUUGGGAACUCUUAGUAUUAGGCAAGUUAAAAUGGGAUGUAUCUGCAGUUACAGCGUACGAUUUCUUGGAACAGAUCUUUAGCCGACUUCCACUCGAUUCCUCCACGUCUGAAGUUCUUCGUAAGCAUGCCGCGACCUUCAUAGCUCUCUGUUGCACAGAUGAUAAAUUUUUACUUUAUACUCCUUCGAUGUUGGCGGGCGCUUCUGUGUGUGCUGCAUUCACCGGUCUGGGUAUAUCAGAUUCACAUCGGAACUCGAAAUCAUGGUCAGCAACCAAGCUAGCUUCUCUUUUACAAAGCAUCACAAAUAUUGAACCAGAAUGUUUACGAAGUUGUCAAGAUCUUAUGGAAGAAGUUUUACAUUUAAGUGUAAAGUCGGACAAAUCGCGGAACAACGUAAUGGAUCAACCGAGUACCCCAAGUACACCGACAGACCUACAAGAUAUUCAAUUUUAAUGAGCGCAUGAAAAAGCGCACUCGAUAAAGACUUAUAAAAUUGUGACUAUUGCGUCACCUUGGAUUUACGUCCGAACAAAGCUAGUGUGAGUGUAUAUAUUGUAAUAAAGAUUGGAUACGACUGA